AUGACCGAUAGUGGCGGCUUCAUCAAGGUCCCUACCAUAGAGGAAGAAGAGCGCAUGCGCAAGGCAGCUGAAGAAGCUCAACGAAAACGUGAAGAAGCUCGAAAGAAAGUAGAGAUGGAAGAGGCGAUGAAAAAAGCAGGGGAAGAAAGCCGGAACCGCAGACGUGGCGGCGGUGAGGGAGGCAGCGGUACUGCUGCUUAG